AGCACACCAGGAGACAUUUCUCAAAGACACAACUCCCACUUCACUACACCGUACCCCAAACCAUCCCUAUAUCCCCUACAGCCGUCUCGCACGAUUCAGCUGUAAGCACACGCACACCCACUUCACCCUUUAUACACGCCCUGCACACCCACAGCAGCUAUGGAUCAGAUCAAGAAGCGCAUGGAGGCUCUCCGCGUCGAGGCGGACGAGAGUAGUGCUCGGGCCGAAGAGCUCAAGGCAAAGGUCAAGCAGCUCGAAUCGGAGACGACACAAAAGGAGCAGGAGAUUACGUCGCUGUCGCACAAGAACCAGGUGCUCGAGAGCGAGGUUGAGAAGCUCGAAACGCAAGUCAAGACCUACAAGGACGAAGCUGGUGCGGGCGCUCAGGCCGGCACCCAAGCCGAGAGCCUCCAGCGAAAGAUCCAAGUUCUUGAGGAAGAAGCUGAGGAAUCGGACAGGACGAUUCGCGAGCUCAACGAAAAGCUCCGCCAAACCGAUGUCAAGUCGGGCCACUACGAACGCAAAGUCCAGGCUCUCGAGCAGUCCCGCGACCAGUGGGAAACCAAGUACGAGGAGAUGGCUAAGAAAUACGCCGACACCAAGAAGGAGCUCGACGACUUCGUCAAGGAGAUCGGUAACAUCUGAUCUCCCUGCCGCCGAUCCUUUGCCGUGGUUGACUGUAUCUAGCCGAGUUUUGAGUCGAGCGUCGUUAUCGUCCGUGUACGGAAUUCGAUAUCGAGCGCGUGCGACAUGAAUGGUAGUUGUGGUCGAGGAUGAUAGUCGCGCGCUGUGGAGCUUAGACAGAAGGACCAGAUUUUACAUCACAUCCCCUACCCCUACCCUAUAUAUCUGUUUCGUUUCCCGCAGUGGCUUGCUGAGCGGGCUUGUUCGCUUUAGAUAAUCCCUGAGCGAAUGCAUUGUUGGUCGCUUCUGGCAAUACAUCCCUUUAAUCUGAAA